UUACGGCGCUCCUGACGUGUUGCGCGGCGCUGCCGGAGCCGGCGGCGCGGUUGGUGCGGUAGCAGCGGUCUACACGGCGUGCUGUGGCGGUGUGCUCGCGCUGGGAUGAGCGCGCGCUGCCCAGCCGCGCAGCGGAGUCAUGGCCAGCACAGUGGUAGCAGUUGGACUGACUAUUGCCGCUGCAGGAUUUGCAGGCCGUUAUGCUUUACAAGCCAUGAAGCACGUGGAGCCUCAAGUAAAACAAGUUUUUCAAAGCCUACCAAAAUCUGCCUUCAGUGGUGGGUACUAUAAAGGUGGGUUUGAACCCAAAAUGACAAAACGGGAGGCAGCAUUAAUACUAGGUGUAAGCCCUACUGCCAAUAAAGGAAAGAUCAGGGAUGCUCACCGACGGAUUAUGCUCUUAAACCACCCAGACAAGGGAGGAUCUCCUUAUAUAGCAGCAAAAAUCAAUGAAGCUAAAGACUUACUAGAAGGUCAAGCUAAAAAAUAAAUGUGAUGAAUUUUAAGUCAAUUAGUCUAUGUUUUUGUAAUAAAAUACCCCAGAGCUAUAAUUUGUGAAAUGACUUAGAA